ACACAAGGAGGAGGUAAUUAAGGUAAUUAAGCUGGAGCUUGUUGGUUAGCUCUUCAACGUGCGGCAGAGCGAAAACAGAAACAGAAAAUGGCUGAUGGUGAAAAGCUCGACGUAGACAGCAUUAUUGAACGUCUUUUAGAAGUCCGAGGAGCAAAGCCUGGCACGAAUGUGCAACUGCAGGAGAACGAGAUCAAUGGACUGUGCCUGAAGUCCAGGAAGAUCUUUCUCAGUCAACCCAAUCUGUUGGAGCUGGGGGUCCCCCUCAAAAUUUGUGGUGACAUCCAUGGGCAAUACAAUGACCUCCUGAAGCUUUUUGAUUUUGGGGGCUUCCCUCCAGAUAGCAACUACCUGUUCCUGGGUGACUAUGUGGACAGGGGCAAGCACUCUCUUGAAACAAUCUGUCUUCUUCUGGCCUACAAAAUCCAAUACCCGGAGAACUUCUUCCUGCUGAGGGGAAACCACGAAUGUGCUUCAGUCAACAGAGUAUAUGGCUUCUACGAUGAGUGUAAACGAAGGUACAACAUCAAGCUCUGGAAGACCUUCACUGAUUGUUUUAACAGCCUCCCUAUUGCUGCGAUUGUGGAGGAUAAGAUCUUUUGCUGCCAUGGAGGACUGUCACCCGACCUUCAGUCCAUGGCGCAGAUCAUUCGCAUCACGCGUCCCACUGACGUGCCUGACCAGGGCCUGCUGUGCGACUUGCUGUGGUCCGACCCACAGAAGGACGUUUCGGGCUGGGGGGAGAAUGACAGGGGCGUCUCCUUUACCUUCGGCUCUGACGUGGUAGCCAAGUUCCUGGAAAAGCACGACAUGGAUCUGAUCUGCCGAGCCCACCAGGUUGUUGAGGAUGGCUACGAAUUCUUCGCAAACCAGAAACUCGUCACAUUGUUCUCUGUGCCGAAUUAUUGCGGGGAUUAUGACAGCGCUGCUGCCAUGAUGAGAGUUGAUGAGAAUCUCACGUGCUCCUUUCAGAUUUUAAAACCAGUUGAGAUGAAAAAGCUCACCGGCAUCCGUCCUGUGACUCCCCGCCGCAACGUGGUCACCAAGCAAGCCGAGAACUGAGGGGCCACACUGCUGGGGGGACCAAAUGGUCAGAGGUUCUUCCUGGUCUGCUUUCAUGUUCUGCAGUCAAAGGAUUGGUUAUUUUUCAUGCUGCCAAUACCACAAAGAUAUCCACUCCUACCUGAUGAAAGCAAAGAUAUUUUAUUGUUUUCCUGUCCACAGGGGUAAAUUGAUGUCACCACGGAAAAACCUCAGGUAUUUUGCAUUCCAUUUUGCAGCUAGUCUUUGCCACAUAUGACUGUUCUAUCAGAAAAAUGUAAUAAUAUGGCUACUUAUGCACAGGAAUGCCUUGUUUGAAGCUGUACACACUUUGUUUUUUUUUCCAAAGUUUAUUUUAUGUCUUUCCUUUGUCAUUUCAUUCACCUGUAAUUGUUAAUGGCUUAUAAAAUGUUUGAGGAAAGUCAGACACAAGUUUAUGUCUGUAAUCUUUUAGGAUGGAAAUUGAAUGUUUGUUUCUAAUGCUUUUAUUCCUCUUGAACCCAAUAAACACAAAAUACAAAGAGAA